AUUCAAGUCUCGAGUCAGAUAAACCAUUGACAGAAAUCACACGCCACAAUAAUCUCGACACGAGCCCUAAGAUCCAAAAUAGAAAUUCCAUAAUGCAGGUCCUCGACAUGCUUUUCGGAAAACGGAUGACGCCAGCAGAGAGGCUACGUCAGCACCAACGAACACUGCAGAAAGCUCAAAGAGAGCUGGAUAGGGAGAGGAUCAAGUUGGAAUCGCAAGAGAAGAAGUUGAUGAUGGAUAUCAAGAAGAGCGCCAAGGCUGGUCAGAUGUCGGCAGCCAAGAUUCAAGCCAAAGACCUCGUCCGGACCCGGAGAUACAUCCAGAAGUUUACCCAGAUGAAGGUUCAACUUCAGGCCGUUUCGUUGCGCAUGCAGGCGUUAAGGAGUAAUGAGCAGAUGGCGGUGGCUAUGAAGGGUGCGACGAGGGCUAUGGGUCAGAUGAACCGUUCACUGAAUCUGCCUCAAAUCCAACGCAUCAUGAACGAAUUCGAGAAAGAGUCUCAGACGAUGGACAUGAAAGAAGAGAUGAUGGGUGAUGCCGUCGACGACGUGAUGGAUGACGAAGCAGAGGGUGAAGGGGAAGAAGAGGAAGGGGACAAGAUCUUGAAGGAGGUCUUGGACGAGAUCGGGAUCAAUACCAGCCAGAUGCUGGGACAGACACCCUCAAACAACCCACUAGCGGCCUCAUCAGUGACCGCUCGACAACCCGUCGCGGAAGGAAUCGCUAUGGGAGGGGAUUCGGGUCCCGCAUCUGCCGGAGGAGCACGCUCAGGUCCUUCAGACGAAGAUGACUUGCAAGCGAGGUUGGAUAGCUUGAAGCGGUCGUGAUCCCGAAAUUCUGCGGAAGAGGACUUCGGCUUGUUUAACGAAGGUACAGGUUUAUAGGCGGUGGAUUCCUGGUUGCAAAAGUUGUAAUAUAGUUUGUGAGACCCUGUUGUUGCGCUGUUGUUACAUUAAGCCAGACCAUCAGGCAGACGAUCAGAUGAUGGUGAUACCAGAUCGAAUAUGGAUCGGGAUU